GUUAGUUUAGACUUGAGAGACUCACUCGUCCAUCGGGCAAAGAAGCCUCCGAGCGUUGGAGCUAAUAUCGAUUACAUUCUGUUGAAUUUAGAGAACCUGUGAGAGCAGUGGUUAUAAUGUCAGCGCGCGGGAUAGCCAAGAAGAGGCAGAAGAAUGUCAGUAAAUCCCAGCGUGCCAAUGUCCUGUUUCCCGUGGGGCGCCUGCACAGGUACAUGAAGGCAGGUCCUGGAACACGUAAGCUGAGGAUCGGCGUCGGGGCGCCCGUGUACGCCGCCGCUGUCAUCGAGUACCUCACAGCUGAAGUCCUGGAACUGGCUGGGAAUGCAGCACGUGAUAACAAAAAAACCCGCAUCACCCCAAGACAUAUCUUAUUGGCAAUCGCUAAUGAUGAGGAGCUACACCAGUUGCUUCGCAAUGUCACCAUUGCAUCAGGAGGAGUACUUCCCAAGAUUCACCCCGAGUUGUUGGCUAAGAAGAAGGGUGGAAAAUUUGUCACAGGAGGCAACACACCCGUGGCAGUGCCCUACAAAAAACCCAUUGCUACAAAACCUCCAGCACACAAGAAGAUAACAAACAAAAUGAAUGGCAAUGUGAAUGGAGCUACGCCAACCAGUGGUGCUUCACCAACUUUAUCCAGUGCCAUGGCAGUGGCAAACAAGACUCCAAAUUCUGCUGCAAAUGCUACUGCAGGAUCUGCUUCCCCACUAAAAUUGAGAGCUAAAGGUAAAGACAUUUCAUCAGUUUUGCCACCCCCAGGACCUUUCACUGUACUCUCCGAGAAGAAACUCUUUCUUGGCCAAAAGCUAACAGUGAUACAGUCAGACAUAUCAACAGUGACAGCAGAUGCACUUGUUCACCCCACAAAUUCCAACCUUGAUUUCCUUGGUGAGGUAGGACAAGCUCUAAGCAAAGCUGCUGGCAAAGAGUUUGUCCAAGAAGUCCGUGAUCUAGCAAAUUGUAAUGGCCCCCUGCCAGCUUGUGAUGUUGCUAUAUGCAGUGGGUUCAAGCUUCCAUCACGUUGGGUCAUUCAUGUAAAUGGACCAACCUUAGGAGAUGUGGAUGCAUUUGAUAAGUUAGAACGAUGUGUCAAGAACUGUUUAGUUCUUGCAGACAAACAAAACUUGAAAUCUUUGGCUCUGCCUUCCAUUGGUAGUGGCAAAGCUGGAUUCCCGAAGCAACAAGCAGCACAAACUAUAAUCAAGUCCAUCUGCAGCUACUUUGUUAAUGUCAUGUCAUCUUCACUGAAACAGAUUUAUUUCGUCCUCUAUGACAUGGAAAGCAUCGGGGCAUAUACUGCAGAACUGGCAAAGUUGGACUCUUAAAGACAGUCUGGCAUUUGAUAUAUGGAUCUCCAAACAGCCUCAAAAGUUAGAGUACAAGUUAAUUCUCCUGAUCACUGAGGCAAAAUAUUGGAAGA